AUGAAUUCGCUGUUGUUCCUGUACCUGAACUUGGUCCGUGGACCUCAGAUCGUAGCUGCUCGUCGGGCGAAGGAAGAGAGGGAUAAACGUGCGAAGCUCGAGGCGGAUAUCGCGAGUGGAAAAGUUCCCAAGCUCGCAAGUUGUAAGAGGUGUGACGCGCCCGUAGACCGCCUGACGUUGCCCCUCGAAGUCGCACUUACUUGUGCUGCGUGUAAAAUCAACGAGAACAACGAGCUGCGCAUGGCUAGGAAGGAGAUGCGGCAUGCGUCCAAGAUGUCGCCUUUCCUGUACUUUCAAGUGUUUAUCAUUCUGCUUGGCCUCGCUGUCUUUUGGCACCGCAACGUCGGUCCACUCUUUUAG